GAAGCUGAGGCAUUGUCCCAAAAUCCUGGAGAUGCUGAGAACGCCCAAGUCCAGUUAUAGCAGCUUCAAUUCCAAGCUGAAAAGACUAACUUGCGGGUAUAGUAUGGGUCGUGAACCGAACAUCUGCUGCCCCUUGGACGACAGUUGGCUAGCGGACGAGGCAGAAUCAAGCAGUUCGCAACCCGGACCCAGUUUCGGAGAUCGUAGGAACUCCUUUGGAGACCCGGGCAAUCUGAAAUACUUGCAAAAUGGGCCAAAUCAAUUUGAAUUUUCAAAUAGCCGAAAUACGGCGAAAAACAACUUCAUCACUUCGUUCGAAGAUCCAAAGACCAUGAAGAACUGCCCACCGGUGAUCUCUCAGGAGGAUGAAUUCAAGCGACCCACGACGAAGGUCUAUGUGGCGCCAGCUAUUCGUCGGAGAACUACUACCACUCCUUCCCCUCCUCCUCCUCCUCCUCGUCGCACAACUACCACCACAACCACCACGACUACCACUACAAGGGCACCACUAAGAUCAGUUUUUGGUGAUACCAGGACCGGUGAUGAAGUGAUCACCAUUGAACCGGUGACCAGUUUUCCGGUGGUUGACGCUACGGAUCGUCUGGUGGCCACCGUACCGCCACCGAUCAUCAACGAUGCACUGUGUGGAUUGUCCGUAAAUACUCGGAUCAUUGGCGGAGAGACGGAAAUUCCCGGACAGUUCCCCUGGAUGGCACGAUUGGCCUACCGAAAUCGAACCUCAGGCCGAGUGACUUAUCGUUGCGCGGGAUCUCUCGUCACCAACCGACAUGUGAUCACGGUUGCACACUGCGUGACCAACUUGAUCGACGAGUUAGAAUUACUGAGCGUACGGCUAGGUGAUCUUGAGUGUAAUUCGGUAACGGACAAUCGGUGCAACUCACGCUACCAGGAUUUUGCGAUCGAGCGCUUGAUACCGCACGAGAACUACGACACUCCGAAGUAUGCCAACGACAUUGCUCUGGUUAAACUGCUGCAAACAACUGAAACCUACAACAUCUUGAGUCCGCUUUGUCUACCGAUGGAUCAGUACUGGAGCUACGGAAGAAACCUAACCGGAAGGAUGGGCAUCAUUGCCGGAUGGGGUUCCACCAGCAAUCGAAACAACUCCCCGAGUCCAACGCUCCAGUGGCUCCGUCUUCCGAUCGUGGACACAAUGCAGUGCGCCACGUCGUACGCCCGCUACAGUGUCAACUCGCGCAACCCUAUCAUCGUUUCCGGCAACCAAAUGUGCGUCCAAGGCCAGGAGAACAUGGACGCCUGCCAGGGUGACUCGGGAGGGCCACUCAUGAACGAAGCCAUCUCCAGCCGGGACCGGUUCGUCCUGCUCGGUCUAGUCUCGUUUGGGCCUCGUACCUGCGGUGUGUCCAACUUUCCCGGGGUGUACACCCGGAUCUCGUCCUACAUCGGUUGGAUCCAGCGGCAGGUAGAGCUGUAACGUCGCGAUCGUUCGCUCUUAGUCUCUAGUGUAGUAACCAAAUUGUAAAUAGCUCAUUUUUCAAUUCGAACGAAAGAUUAUUGCCGCUAGGGUAAUCAAUUGAAAUCAGAAAUAAAAUCGAAACGUGACUGAAGUAAAUGUAUGAAAACGA